AUGAUAUCCUCUCGAGCACUUACCUGCCAUGUCCUGAGGCAGCGGGCACCUCUACGGCCAGGUGGUCUUCGGCUCCAGCCUCAGCUUCCAGCUUUGUGGCAGCCUUCCCUUCCCAGACGAGGCCUCGCGACAAUCACUGAUGUCGACGUCGAAAAGGCCCGCCAGUACUGUGAGAACCAGCUCAAACAUGGGGACUACGAAGCCUUCCUCCUCCGACAAUUUGUCCCUCCCUCCUCCCGCAACGCCUACAGUGCUCUCCGUACCCUGAACCUCGAACUCGCCCGCCUCCCCGAGACUGUUUCCAACACGACCAUCGCACGCAUGCGCAUGUCCUUUUGGCGUGAAACCGUGAACAGCGUCUUUGCCGGCAACCCCCCACGCGAGCCCAUCUCUAUCGUCCUCCACCAAGCCGUCCAAGACCUCAAAGCUCGCGCCGGCCCCAGCAGCGCCAGCUCCCUCAAGUUCUGGCUCCUAUGCCUGAUCAACACGCGCGAGCAACAUAUGGAAAAUAGGCCAUUUGUUAGCUUGAAUUCGCUGCAAGAUUACGCCGAGAAUACGUACGCGACGCUGAUGUACAUGACACUGGCCUCCAUGCCUUUGCGAUCGGUACAUAUGGACCAUCUGGCUAGUCACAUUGGCAAGGCCUGCGGCAUUGUAGCCACACUGCGUGGUAUUCCCGUUCUGGCCGCUCCAUCGCAGCCCAUCCAGGGCCCGGCUGGUAGCGUAGGCAACACCCGACCUCCUGCGCUGCUAUUGCCUCUCGAUGUGAUGGCCGAGGCGGGAGUCAGAGAAGAGGAUGUCUUCCGCCGCGGACCCAACGCCGAGGGACUACAGGAUGCCGUGUUCAAGGUGGCUACGAGGGCCAAUGACCAUUUGAUCACGGCGAGGGAGAUGUUGAAGAACUUGAAGGCUGGAGAAGAGGUGGGACAUGAUUAUGAGCAUGAGGGAGAACAGGAGCAUGUCUACUCGACUGGCGGCACCGACACAACACAAGCUGAUAUCAAGAGGGGGUUUGGGGUGUUGCUGGAAGCAGUGCCGGCUGCUGACUACUUGGAACGGUUGGAGAAGGCUGACUUUGACCCCUUCAAAGUCAAAGCCAGCUGGAAGCUUCCUUGGAGGCUAUGGCGUGCUCUGAAGACACAUCAGAUUUGA